GAGGCCGUGGAGCCGCUGGCAGCGGAGAGAUGAACUAGGAAGAAGGAGGCCGAGUGUUACCAAGCUCACGCACGCACGCCCGACUUCUCGUCAACCCCUCCGCCUGCCCCUUCCUCAUCCUGCAUCAUUGCCGACACCGCCCACGCGCUCGACCCCGCAUCCUCACAUUCUCGUCU